UUUUUUUAGGCUAUCGUGUUAAUAUCAGCUAUUGCAGUGUGUUUCAUACGCGCUGAAAAUAUAUCACUGAAAAAACGAAUUUUCAAAUGCAAACCCACCCCGUUUAAAAAACAUCAUUCUAUAUUCGAGAGUAUUAUUCCAUCAAUUGUGGUCUCUCCGGUCGAUUCUGCUGAUGUUCCCGGCGAGUAUAACGUCCCCGCUGGAGUAACUACACUUAGUACAGAUCCGGUCCCGGCUCCUACCGUAGUACCCGCGGAACCGCAACAAGAAGAGCAGAACCCACCGCCGCAAGAAGUUCAGUAUCCACCACAACCGGAAGUCCAACACCCCGUGCAGCAGCAUGAGGUACAGASCCUCGCUGCGCCACAACAGGAAGUGCAGAAUCCGCCAGAGCAACGACCGCUGUAUCCACCGCAACACGAGGGCCAGCAACACUAUAUAGAACAAAACCCAUCAUUUUCAAACGAUGGACCAUAUUAUCUACCACAAAGCCAGGGGAUGUAUUAUUCGCCGCCAAUCUACCAGGGUUUUGCUACCAACAGCGUCCCAUAUAACUACCCCGUCUAUGGACAAAACGUGCUGCGAUCGAUGCAAUCUCUCGACGGCCAAACGUAUCCACUUCAACAACGUCCGUACAGAGUAAAUAUGUUUAUUAGAAAACCUGUCCAGUACUACAAUAACGGUCCACUCGUGUACGAUCAGUACACUGUUCCACAAUAUAACUAUGUACCACAAGCGCCAAGAACAGCUCAAGCCCUCACUGGAGGAAAGGCGAAAUCGACUUGAUUGCAYUCUACGCUUGCAUUACGUCCAUUUUCAUAUUUAUCAUUAUUAUUGUUAAAAUAUUUAUUGUAGCUUUAAGUAUUAUUUUAUGCCAUGACAGUAAAUAAUAAUGCAUGAUGUGUUUCAAUUAUGACCGGGACAAUACAUUUAUUCAUUUAUUCUA